UUCUCGAUAAUUCUUUUGGUUCCAUAUUUCUUAUUUUUUCUCUUUUUUUAUUUAAUUCUGAUUAUUCUCAAGUGUAAUUUUGUAAUUUGUGUAACUAAGUUUCCACACACUAUAGUGUUAAUGGUAAAUUACCAUGAACUCCAUAAAUGUAUUAACCGGCGAAGAAAUAGUUACUCGAGGAAUAACUAAAGUAGUUACUAAGUUACCAGAACGUGGCAGUAAAGAUGUUCGUCCUAGUGGCACCUUGCUGGAGCAAAAACAAAUUGAAUCGGCUUUGGAAGCAAGAAAAAGUUUCAUUUCUGUUGAACGUAUAGAAAAAAGAGGAAAUUUAAGUCGGGCAGAGUGGAAGAAUGAACUUAUGUUAGCUGAGGUAAUACAUAAAGUUGGAGGCCACUGGCAAUAUCUGGGACAUAAUGUUGGAAAAAAACUUUAUCUUGAACCUGAGGAAAUACUAUAUUUAAUGGAAUCGAACUGUUUGCAGCUUACAUACAAUGGUGUUACAGUCUCACUCCAACAGGCAUACACUUUAUUAAUGAAAGGAAACAUAUCUCUGUUGCAAUAUAAAGUUUAUGCUUCUCUCAGUCGAAUGGGAUAUAAAGUUAUUAGGCAUAAAAUUCCAGCAAAAAUAGAAGCUUCUACAGAAAAUAAAAUUCUUGUAAGUGAUGAACCAAUUGUAAAGAAAGAAUUAUGCAGCACCAGUGAAAUGGCAAUAAAAGAAAAUUCUACAAAUAAUGAUUCAGAAAUAAUUAAUGACACUCACAAUCAAGUUGAAACUUCAGCUAGUAUAUCAUUGCCUACUGAAGACUUGAAUCAAAGUCAUAGAAAUAAGCUAUCUAAGCUAAGAAGCAGAGAGUUAAAACCAUGUAAUAAUGAAGUAUUACAUAAAUACUUUGAAAAUAUCGCAGGCCUUCUGGAUAAAGGGACUGUAACACUUAGAGCUCCUGAUGUUAAUUUUAUCCCAAAAAAUAUAGUAACAAGAGAAACUUACGUGCUUAAUCUUCAUACUAUUGUAAAAAAAUGUACUGGAUCAAGAUUCACUUAUAGUUCUAGUGAAGAAGCAGCUGGAAGUAACAUAGAAAGGCUCAGAAACACUAGUUUCUCAAGUAGCAGUAGAUCUAAUUCAAGGCCAGCUUACAGAUCACAAUUUGCCGCAUGUGUACAAAAUACUCGUCGUCGAGAACCCAUUUUUGGAGAACCUUCUCCAGUUACAAAUUUGGCCCAUUACUCUCUGAGACCAUUUCUUCCUGCUAUUUCUUUUAAUACGCAUUUCUCUAGCUACAGGGGAAAUCAAUAUAGCUAUGGGUCAUUUCGUGGCUCAUCAAAUUAUCCCUCGACAAGUACACAAGGUCAAAGAAUAGACAUUAACCAAGAGAAUAUCCUUAGUAAAAUAAGACAAAUUGCCUUAAAAUUGAUAUUGUUUUCAGAAAGAGGUAUUUAUAUUGACCCAAGAAAUAUACAAACAUUUCAGAGAAUCUUGAACAAAUAUAAUUUCAGAUACAAUACCAAUUUAAAUAUGAAUUUUAAUCAAGGUCUUGUUGACACACCUCCAGUAUCAACUGGAGGUGUUGAAACUAUUAAUUUAGAUGAUGAUGUUCAACCAGAGCGCAAAAAACCAAAGUUGGACAAUAAAGUAUUGGAGGAAAAUAUAACAACACUAAAACAACUAGUUAGUGAAUUAAGAAGUCUUGAAGAAAAUCGUAAAGCAACAUCCAAGCAUAGAAGAGCAUUUUCUAAACUUCUCAAAACAAUUAAUAAGUAUCAUGAUGUCAAUUAUUUUCUGACUCCUACUUAUGAACUACAUAACUAUGCUCGUAUAAAUCUUGAUUCCUCAUCAGAUUCGGACAGCAAGUCAAUUAAUGAAGAUAAUAAUAAUGUGAUAUAUAAAAAGGGACCUAAUAAGGCUAUGAAAAGAAAGUUGAAAAAUCCCUUUAAUAUACUGAAACGUUUAUCAGAAAAAGUUUCACAUUCUGGACAUAGUUCAAAGGACCCAGACACAAUCAUUCUUGAAGAAAGGAAAAGUUAUUCUGAGUUGCUUAACGAUGGCUUUCCUGAGCAUUGGCUUCCUAAAAAAACGGACUUUGGUAGACCAGAAAUAAUUAAAAUUGUCCAUGAAGAUCCACUGUUUGACUACCGCAGAACACAACUUUUAUUUGAUUGUGCAAACAUAAAACCUAUGUGUAACAAUUGGGUUGAUUUGAAAGUAGCCUUUUUAGAAAGCCUUGAUGAGACAAUAUCAGAGUUUCACAAGGAUAUGUCUUCUGUUAAAGUUAAAAUUGACAAUGAAAGCCUGGUGAAACCAGAGGAUUGUACGAGUAUGCAAAAUGUGCUGCAGAAGUUGAGAAUAAUUUCAAACAAUUAUAAAGUAGAGAACAGUGGUACUUUGAAAAUAGAUUUUGAUGUAUACAAUAAAGAUGUUCAAAAUUUUAGGAAAUCUGGUUUACCCACACCACAUUUCAGGAUCAUUUGUAUGACCGAGUCUUCAAACCUACCAACUGCUUCGGAAAUCGCUGCUUUGCACUCUCGAUACGAUGACAAGGUGCCCAUAAGGUUUGCAAUAGUCAACGGUAACUCUGUAUCAUUUCUUACAAUAGAUCCCGUGGAAAUACCUGUAUAUAUUCCUGGAGCGAAGUAAUUUAUGUCUGGUGGAACAGGAAGACAUGAAUAUAUAAAUACACCAUAUUUUAUGGGUGGGUUAUCGUUUGUGUAACUAUUUUCCAUACUUAUGUCAAACUUACUCAAUUUUGAAAUUGUUACAGUUUGGAUCUGAGUUUUAGACGUGGUUGCUAGAUAAAAUACUUUUUAAACGAUUAAAACGCGUUCAUAAAGUAUUUUAUUUAAUUCAAUGUGUAACACUUAUUAAUAAAAUAGUAUAGUAUAUAGUUUUUCUUUUAUCUGGGACAGUAUAAUGCAGAAGACAUACAGAAAAAGUGUCUGAGGAAGCAUUUGCUCUCUUUUUGUGAAAACAAUUUUGGUGUAGUUAUUUUUUGUCGAGCGCGGUUGUUGAUUAUAAAAAUUUCUCGAUCUUGACCAGAUCGUCGAUCCAUCUUGUAGGGGGCCUGCCUGCUUGUAGUACCUGAUCGCCAUUUGAGGACUUUUAUACUGCCCCAACGGCCAUCUGUCCGUCGAACUAUGUGCGUUGCCCACUACCACUUCAGAUUCGCAAUGGAUUUCAAAUCAUGUCAAAAACCAUUGACCAAUUUCAAUGACUGUCUUCAACCACGUGAGAUAUGUCAGCUAACUUCAGAUAUAAUAUGGUUAAUGAAAUCACAAUAGAUCACAUUGGUCGCAGUCAAACAGGGCUGCCCUCUGUCCUAAAGCCACUUUACAAAUCAUAACAAUACCGUGCCUUUAUUGCUGGGAUGUUCAUUACACGCACGUUGUGUUUGUCUACACAUUAGUAUAUUGUAAGUCUAUGAUAGAAUCAAACUGAUGUCGAUUAAUUUGUUGACAGUAACAUAAUUUGCAGGGGUAUCAGACUGUUUUUUUAUUGUUACCGAACACGAAAAACGAAUAUCAAUUUUUCAUCAGUACAAACCGGCAAAUUCAUUCUUGAGUCCCUAAUAUUUAACUAUUUGACAUUAACAAUAGCUUUUGCCGGCGAUGAUUGAACGGUUACGGUUAGUCAUGAUGUCCUCUAAAGAUUGUCAAAUGUUGCUUAACCGGUAUAUUAACAUUGAGUUAAGCUAGAAACUAUAGUUACAGCAUGUAAUUAUAUUGUAUAAAUAAUGUUAAUAAAAUCAUUAAUAAUUGUCGUUGUUUUGCCUAUUAAAGUUAUACUUUUUAAAAAUGUAUUUAGAUAUAAGAUAUAUAACCUAUUGUUAGUCUUUUAAAAGUUUUCUGUUUAUGUCACAUUCAAUAAAGUAUGUGUAU